AUGGCCGGUGAAUUUAGUGCAAAUAUCAGUAGAAGUAGAAAAUACACCGAUUCCCCCGUGACCGAACCGCCUGAUCUUAAAUCGCCAAGCUUUAUUACAGAAGAGACUCAAUUUUUUGGUAAAGGAAACAGAAGAACUUCGACACCAGUAGGGACUAAAAGUAGGAGAAGCAGGAGCGUGAGUAGUACUAGAAUUACUCCGUCAGUUCUUAGUUUGUCUGACGAGAAUUUUUAUGAGGAUUUAGAAGUUUACGUUAAAGAAAUGUCCGCAACGAGAGACACCAUGGACGCAGGAGCAGAACCAGACGUGUGGAGUCAGCUUCAACAGAAGGAAUCUGAUCUGUUGCUAGCUGCGGAACUGGGGAAGGCAUUGUUGGAGAAGAAUGAGGAAUUGAAAAAGGAACAAGAACGCAUUUCUGAGGAAUACUCCAAGAAACUUGAGGAGUUGGAGCAAGAGAAGCACCUGCUGAGGCGGCGCCUGGACACGACGCAGGGCGAAUACGAAGCCCGCUUACUAGAACUCCAGAAUGACAUCAAGGAACUAACCGCGAAAAUCGACUCUAAGGAUAACUGUGUCAAACAGCGUGAGGAAGAAAAAGCCAGUCUGAUAGCGGAGCUGACAGCGCAAAACUCAAGGCUGACCGCACAGCUCAAGGAGUCCUCAAUCACAGAAGCCCAGCUGCUGGCACAGCUGGAGAGCCUGAAAGACCAGUGCUCAAUGAGGAAGACCAGUCUUCAGGACCAUGUACAAAGCCUCAAGUCGCUAAAAGAGGAGUUGGCGCUUGUGAGCGAUAAAAAGGUGGACCUGGAGAGGAGACUGACGACAUCCCUCCGUGAUAAGGAAAACUUGUCGCAGCAGUUGGAUGAAGCCAACGACAGGAUCGCAGCGCUUGAGAGGCAGUUAAAAGAACAGGAACACCUCUACCAGAAUACGCUCAAGGAACUGGAGCGGCUGCAAAGGUCCCAUGACACGUUGGCCGAGAGGAUCGGGGCACCCGAACCGGUUGAACAAUCGGACACGGCCCGCUCGCUGCACGCCGAGAUGGAGACCGAGCCUGAGGACGAGGACGACAGCUGGCUGAGAAGCGAAGCUGUCCAGGUCUUCAAGCAGUUGCGAUCCCUGGCGCUACAGCUCAACACUGGACACGAUGAUGACUCUGGUCUUCAUUCUGAUCUAUCCAUAUCAUCGCUGGACGGUGAGGAGGGUGAAUGCCUUCGUCGCGGAGCCCUAGCGGCUGCCUGUGCCGACGCGGUCGCAGCUUAUGCCACCCUAGAAGGCUCCCGCGUGAGGGAUUCCAUCGCCGCCCACGCCAGAAGAGCGCUGGAGAGGGAGAGGCAGAUCGACGAGAAGAAUGAGAUCAUCGCUGACCUGUCUUCUAAGUUAUCAGUAGCAGAAGUGGAGCUUCGCGCGGCGGCAGAAGAACGCGACAAGUUGCUCAACGACGCCAACUACAACAGCCUGCAGAACGACGAGGCAGUUUCCCGCGCACGCCAAGAAAGAGACGAGGCCAUCGAGAGGAAGAAGGUCGCCGAGGUCGCUUUGGCGAAGACGCGAGUUGAACUAAUGCAGGCCAACAGCCAGCUGUAUGAAGCUGUGCGUCAGAAGGUGGACCUUGGCCAACAGCUCGAGCAGUGGCAGAUGGACAUGCAAGAGCUGAUCGAGGAGCAAAUGAAGCACAAGCUCACAACGCAAGAGAAGCGAAGGAAACUCCCCGAGGCGCCCGCUCCAACCCGAACUUCAAGGCUCCUCGGAUUUUUUCAGCGGUGA